AUGGCCAGCACUGCAGUUCAGCUCCUCGGUUUCUUCUUGAGCCUGCUGGGGUUCGUGGGAACUGUAGCCGCCACUGUGCUCCCACACUGGCGCAGCUCAGCCUACGUCGGUUCGAACAUCAUCACGGCCACCGCUUACAUGAAAGGCCUGUGGAUGGAAUGUGUCUGGCACAGCACGGGCAUUUAUCAGUGUGAGCUGUACAGAUCUUUAUUGGCGUUGCCGCAGGACAUGCAGGCUGCCCGUGCACUCAUGGUGCUCUCCUGUGUCACCUCCAUCCUGGCGAUUGUGGUUUCUGUGAUGGGGAUGAAGUGCACCUACUUUGCCCACGGCUCAUUAAUCAAGCCCCCCCUGGUCAUGAGCGGAGGGAUAUGUUUUCUCUGUGCCGGUUUACUCUGCUUGACCACAGUGUCCUGGACCACUAAUGACAUCAUCGUCGAUUUCUAUGAUCCCUUCCCUCACAACGGCAUGAAGUACGAGAUCGGCCUGGCGGUGUAUCUUGGUUACGCGUCGAGCUGUCUCAGUUUGUGCGGAGGACUGGUACUGUGUUGGAGCAGCAGAGGUGAGCGGUCGCAGAGACGUCCCCAAAUGCACAGGGGUCGGUCUUCGGCUCCUCCUCCUCCGUACAUCAACAACAGCUACCCGCCGGCUCCUCCGUAUAAUCCUCCAGAGGCCUUGAAGGGCAAUCGCGCAUCCUCGCUUUGGUCGGCCUCCAACAGUGGCUACAGACUGAAUAAUUAUGUCUAAAGUCUGUGCGGAAAUGUUCUCUUAACACCUGAGCGAUGCGUGGAACUGAAAUACCAUAUGCCAAGACAGUCAAGUGAACUUUUCUGACCUCACACAGGAAUCCAUCACACUGCAAUGUGGAAAGAGUACCACAAGAGGGCGACAUUUAUUAGUAGAUGGAAACAGUGGCAACAGCUAAGGCCGCUUUAACAGUACAGUACGGUUACAAAAGAUCACUUUUUGUCGAAUUUAUAUUGGAAUACUACCCGAAUGACAAUGCAAAUACAUACUCGAUAAUAGUGUUAGUUUUAGAAAUAAUUUGUACCUCGGUAAAAUCAAGAAAAUCAAUCAAGUAUGAUUUGUUUGGGUGGCACCACAUCAAUGGACCAUAA